GUUCUGGUGGGGCCAUGUGAAUAGUAAUUCCAGGGAAAAAAUCACCCCGCACCUCCGCUCCCCUUCCUCCCCAUUCUUUUCGCAGGCGACGGGAGCGAGGCGGGGCAAUUGCGGCGCUGAUUCAUCGUCAAAGGAAGGCCAAUCAUGGGCGCAGCUCGCCGGCGACCACGGAGGCUGCUCCAUCGACCAGCACUGUCGGAUGUAAGUGUUGUUGAACGGAACGAAACUCGAACCGUGGCACACACGUAUAAGAGCGCACAAAAGAUGAAGUUGAUGAAGUUAAAUAAGGAAGACAAGCAAAAUGGAAUUUUAUGGAAGCUAGAGUGCAGAUGGAGCAAAGGAGUCGAGGUCCCGGUGAGCAGUGGAAGACUCCUUUUUAGCUGGUUAGCAGGUGUCAUAGUUGCCCACAAUCAACUAUACAGUUGUCUAGAACCAUGUAUCCGGCUGUCCAAUCCUCAUGAACAGAAACAUUACCAAGACCAUAAUUUGGCUUAUGUGUAAAGGUUUUAGAUACCUUUUAACUAAGAUUUUGUCAUAGAGAUCCAUCAAGAAUUUCAUCUCCUUGGGGUUGGAUCCCUUGGUAUGAUCAUAAAUACCUAGGCGUUUGAUCAUAGAGGGGGAGCGGUGUGGAGCUGGUCAUGGGGACAUAACUAAAACCACGAAGUGUUUUUAGCGGAUUAAGUUUAUUUGUGACCCCCCCUCCAAAAAUGAACAUGUGUAUG